UUUGGAUUCUCUCCUUGUGUGAGAGAAGGCAGAGACCAAGUAAAGCUUCCUAUUGCUUGAUUUGUUUAUAUAUGAUGGAAACUUCUCUCUUCAAAUAAGAAAGGGUUGGAACGUGAUGAUUGAAUUUAGAGAGGCUGUCCUUUGACUUCUGCUAACUCUCAAUAAAUAUAUAUCUCCCUAGUGUCCAACACCCUAAGUCUAGUGAGAAGAAACAAGGGCACACCUUCCUCUAUAACUUUGAAAGAGCCACUUGGAUCAGAGGUGAGAUAUUUGAGAGUGAGAGAGAAAGAAAGAAAGAGAGAGAGAGUGAGAGAAAUCACAAACACAAAGAUGGGAAGAGCUCCUUGUUGUGAUAAGGCCAACGUGAAAAAAGGGCCAUGGUCACCUGAAGAAGAUGCAAAGCUGAAAGAGUAUAUAGAUAAAUAUGGGACUGGAGGGAAUUGGAUUGCUCUUCCACAGAAAGCAGGUCUCAAGAGAUGUGGAAAAAGCUGCAGAUUAAGAUGGCUUAACUAUCUCAGACCCAACAUUAAACAUGGUGAAUUCACUGAAAAUGAAGAUAGGAUAAUAUGCAGCCUCUUUGCUAACAUUGGAAGCAGGUGGUCAAUAAUAGCAGCUCAGUUGCCAGGCAGGACAGACAAUGACAUUAAGAACUAUUGGAACACCAAGCUUAAGAAGAAACUCAUGGGUAUAUUUCCUCCAUCUCAGAGAAAGGCUCACCAAGCAGCCAAUCUCUCUUCAGUUCUUCAAACUUCUUCAUCAUCAUCAAUAUCACCAACAUCAUCAUACAAAGGCUACAACUCAGCAAGUUCUUUCACAGAUCUUGAAUUUGCAUCAAGUCUUUUAAGCAGUAAUAAUUGUUGUACUAAUGCAGCAGCAGCAGCAGCUCCAGUUCUUCAAGCCCAAGAAAGCUUUGUGGGUCCACCACAAAAUUACCAAAUAAAAGAUAAUCUGCUCAUGUUUGGAAGUGAAGCUAGUUGCAGCUCUUCUGAUGGAAGUUCAAACAACCUGAUCAACCAUGGCAAUGGGGAAAGAGAGUAUGAAUAUGGUGGAAAUUAUGGUGAAGUACAAAUGGGUGGUCUGCAGCAGAGUUUUCUUUACAAUGGGAACAUUGAUGGAAGCCAAAGGUUCAUGAUUUCCAAUGGUGAUGGUGAUGUGAAUGGUAAUUGGAUUCAAAAGCAAAAUGGUAUGUGGAGUGAUCCCCCAUUAGACUAUGGGCUUGAGGAAUUUAAGCAGUUAAUUAGCACUAGUAAUUGCAACAACUUCUUGUUUGAUGAAAACAAGACAGAUCAGGAAAAGCAGAUGAUGUACUAUUGAUGCUGACUGUAGGUGAAAUCAAAAAAGAUUUGAAGGGAAAGGAAGGGAUGGUCUGAAGAUUUUACACUCGUGGACUCUCAAACUUUGUGGCAUUGGGUAAAUGUUCUUGAUGGAAACACUUUUUUUGAAAGCACAUGGUAAAAAGUUGCCUUUGUCUUUGUGCAUUUCUUUUUGUGAAAUAAUGUAUCUGAUCGUACGGUUUAACUGCACCCGUUCAAGCAUAAAUGUCAUGGAAACUACAGAAGCCAUCAUCUUCCAAGAUUUGAACCUCAAAUCCAAUCAUGCACAAUAACAAUGACUUAAGUAAAAGUUCUUCUUCUUCUUA